AUGGCCGACCGCAUUCAAGAAAACCAGUUCACCUACGGAGAAGGGCAGACAAUGAACAGCGACGAUGUUGAAAUCGCAAACAGACCCGGCCAACCGGUAAACGGCCGCGACUACGGAACAGCCGGGCAGCAAGAUGAAGAUGCUGACCGGCCUAGUGACAACGCUGAAGAAGCCGUCACGAGGAAGCCGGCCGCCAACACCGAUGCAGUUGCGACAAGAGCCCUCGCGCCCGACCUACUGAGAGGUCUCCUCAUGGUAUUCAUGGCCCUCGAUCACAACGUCCUCGCCCUGAAUGCCUGGGAGCAUGGACAAGGUCGCGUGGGCGAAGGGGACGGCGCCGUCGUGCACGAAUGGAAUCGCCCAAUCGCCUACACAAUACGAACACUCACACACCUCUGCGCUCCGGGAUUCACCUUCCUCCUCGGAAUGGGAGUCGUCUAUUUCGGUCGAUCUCGCGCCAGGCUCGGUUGGACUGGCUUCCAGAUGGUAUGGCAUUUUGUCAUCCGCGCCGUCGUGCUGACCCUCCUCUGUGUGCUCAUGGGCGUCGUCGUGUCCGGAGGCAGCAUAUGGUUCCUGAACGUCGUCUUGUUCUCCUUGGCCAUCGAUUACCUACUGGCAGGAUUGCUGUGGCUUGUUAUCAGCAAAACGGAGCCGGUGCUUGCGCGUGGAUUUGCAGCUUGCCUCCCGGAGGAUACCGAGGACGACGACGCCACGCAGCCAUUGCUAACCAUGAGCAAUGGCGUGAAGAUUAGCGCCAAGGAGAAAUGGGCGGCCGAUCUGUCAUGGCAUCUUCACAACGUCGUCUUGUUGGCGCUGACUGGGGUUACCAUCUGGUGGAAUAUCUGGCUCUCCCCAACUCAUGGUCGAUGCUCAGCAGGAACUAAACCAGUAACCGCGAAGAUCAUUCCCGACAGCCCUAUUCUAAGAAUAUGGUUCUGGGUGGUCCAAGAAAUCGGGGCUAUAUCUGCUUUCCCGCCGCUCGCCUGGAUAUCCUUCUCCAUACUCGGCCUACUGUACGGUCGUCUCAUCCUCGCUCGGCCGUGGUCCGUUAAAACCAUCAGGCUAGCCACGUUACUCUCGGCUCUUGCGUUCGGACUUUUCUUCGUCUUUACACGCGUGUUCGACUUCGGAAACUUAUCAACGGGCUGCUUGCAGACGGCAGAACACACUGCACACCCUGGCACGAACCAAUAUUUGGUGUCCCCCAAGUCGUUUUUCUACAUAACGAAGUAUCCGCCGGACGUCGCAUUCUUCUCGUUCACGAUGGCAGCAAACCUACUUCUACUUACGCUCUUUGAUGUCAUCCCCCCUCGUAUCGCAUCGCGGUUCUCGAUCCUGCUUGCGUACGGCACAUCAGCGCUAUUCUUCUACAUAGUUCACCAGUUCAUGCUAUUCUCGCUGGGUGGUCUCUUGACCCGAUUGUACGGCCACGACAUGGGCUUCGAAGAUCCGGUGAUGCAGAAGCCUGCGAUUGGCAUAGACAACCUCUGGGUGUACUUCGGUCUGUGGGCUAUCACGUUGGCGAUAUUGUCUCCCCUAUGCCACUUGUACAGUCGGUUCAAGAAGACCAAGGGCCCCAACUCAAUUUGGCGAUUCUUCUGA